AUUCUAUAAAUGCAUUACUCAGACUCCAUUUUGAGUCCCAUCCCUUGGUGGUACUAAUGAUAUCCAAGACUUGCUCACCCACCAUGGCUAGAAUUCUCCCAAUUACCAACACCCAGCUCAUAAUUUUCUCCCUCCUCCUCUCUUCCUUUGCCACAAUCUCAGUAUCUGCUGCAAAAGUUGAUGGUGAUGAUGAUUUUGUGAGAACCAUGGAUCGGAAGCUAAUGGGUCUGAAGAAGGAAAAGAUUAGCCAUUUCCGGUUAUACUGGCAUGACAUUUACAGUGGUCACAAUCCCUCUGUUAUUCCAAUAAUACCACCUUCCAACACAUCAAAGACAGGGUUUGGUUCUGUGAGCAUGAUUGAUGAUCCUCUCACUGAAGGACCUGAAUUGAGCUCCAAAUUGCUAGGGAGGGCUCAAGGAUUUUAUGCACAAGCUUCACAGCAAGAAGUUGGGUUGUUAAUGGCCAUGAACUUUGCAUUCACUCAAGGCAAGUACAAUGGUAGUACCAUCACUAUACUAGGCAGAAACCCUGUUUUCAACAAGGUCAGAGAGAUGCCGGUGAUCGGAGGAAGCGGGCUUUUCAGGUUUGCUAGAGGUUAUGCACAGGCCAGUACUCACAAGUUCACUCCUGCUACUGGAGAUGCCAUAGUUGAGUACAAUAUCUAUGUGCUUCAUUAUUGAUGCUACUUUUUUUUAUGCCUUUCUUUGACCUUUCUGGUUAGCCUUUUUCUGUGUUGUUUUUAGGUUGAUAGCUUUUAAUCUUGUUGGGGGACCUUUUUUUUUAUUUUUAUUUUUUAAGUAUGAUGGGGUCAGUUUGAGUAUUUAUUUUGUCAUGGAAAAUUAAACUAUAUGCGUUGCAAACAUUCAAAGAGCCAGGAAUAAUGAUCCGGAAAUUUAUUUGUAUGGACGAA